AUGAGCGCUAAAAAGAAUACAAAUCAAUUUGAGCAGGAUUCAGAAGAGGAAUAAAUUAAAAAGAAAAUUAAGAAAAAUGAAGAAUAGAAGAAAAGUGAUGAAUAAAAUGAUGAGGAAUUUGAAGUUGACUCAGAAUUACAAGAAGACGAAGAAAUUGAAGAUGAUGGUAAUUAACAUUAAAAUAUUAUAGGUAUCUAAACCUCUUCUCAUUCCAGUAUAGAUAUAUAGGCUUAUUUAUAACAAAGAGAUUAAAUUCCAGAUGAAGAUGAUGAUGAUGAUGAUGAUAAUUAACAGAAACAAAAGAAAUAAACUUAACAAAAAUAAUAAAAACAAAAAGUGUCUAAGAAAUAGUAAGAUGAUGAUGAUAAUGAUGAUGAUGAUGAUGAUGAUGAUAUUGAAGAUGAGGAUGAAGAUGAUUAAGAAUUAGUAGAUGAUGAUGAAGAUGAUGAAGAUGAUGAUGAAAAUGAUCAACCACCUUAAAAGAAAUAAAAAGUUUAACAAUAAUAAUAAUAACCAUAAAAAAAAUAAAGAUGAUUUUUUAUUAAGUUUAUUUAUUUAUGCAUG